UCCGACAUACUUGGCGAAAAAUGUUGAUUCUGAUUCUUAUAACAGAAAACCUGCACCGCAUUUGAUUCAGAGAGACCAAGGAUAUUCUUUCUGAUAACUCCUGAGUCGUCUCACUCGACACAAAACACACACACAAAAACAAAAACCUGGAUGGCUCAUUGGCCACCAAAACUGAAGUUGCCAUCCGCCAUCUUGAUACUCCCAAAACAACUAUGCUGACCUGUGCAGCGACAGCAAUUAAAUGCGUUGUCAGUUUCGUGGCUGUGAGAAAUCAUUUCACAGAAGCAAACGUAUCUUUAAGGCCUCCUCGCUUCCCCCUGUGGACAUUAUGUUAAAGCCCAUCUAACUUGCAUUGCGCCUCUACACUCCCAUCCCUUGAAUCCCAACGUCAUAAUGACCAGUCUCAAGCGUUCCCAGACAGAGCGUUCUGUCGGAGGCUCGGUGCCAGCUACUGAUGAGUUCUACACUCGACGUUUGCGUUUGCCCAACGGAGGGGCCCCACCGCCCCGUAGUGAGAGCACACACAUUUCUUCGUCCUCCACCACUGGCACCAACCCCGGAGUCCCUAAAAUGGGAGUUCGAGCUCGAGUGGCUGACUGGCCCCCUAGAAAAGAUGGGGGAGGAGGAGGUGUGUGGCAUAUCACAGUGGAGACUGACUCACCCAGCUCUACCACCACGAGCUCUUCUGGAUCAGGAAGUGGAGAUCGAGAAAGACUUGUGGGAAGUGGCAGUGGUAGUGGAAGUGGAAGUGGAGGAGGGGUCUCAGCUGUCACAGCCCACAGUAAUUUGUCAGCAAAGCUGGGACACUUAAUCAGCCCCCAGGACUCCUCCAUGCUCCGCAAUAUCCAGAACACACUGAAGAACAAGAUGCAAAUGAAGGGAAAGGACAACCGUUUUUUGUCGCCCGAUGGCUAUCUUGGGUCACCUCGUAAGGGUAUGAGACGCAUUCGACAGCGGAGUAACAGUGACAUAACAAUAAGUGAACUGGACGUGGAUGGAAAUGAGGGCUGGUCUUUCUCUGGGUGGACUCCCAUGCACCGAGAGUACGGCAGCACUUCGUCCAUAGAUAAACACGGGGUCUCAGGGGAGAGUUUUUUUGACAUGCUCAAAGGAUAUCAAUCUUCCGAGGCCCCUGAUCAACGAAGUCCUGCACCAGAACGGUUGACUGAGUUGCUCACUGUCGCCCCUGUGAAACAGACCGCCCUAGAUUUGCCCGAUGGCUCCUUGGUACCGCCCAGAGGUAGUCCUGCCAGUCGUCUUAAAGAACGAGAGAAGCACUUGAAAAGAAGGUCAAAGUCAGAGACGGGUGGAGAGUCAAUCUUCCGCAAGUUGCGCAGCGUGAAGGUAGAAGGUGACUCUUCGAGAGCUGGGUCAGAUGCUGAGGAUGGAGGAAAAGGGGAUGAGAGUUUACCCCCUCCAAAACCUUGGAUGUGCCAAAAAGGCUUUGCCCAUUUUGAUAUCAACUCAUUACUCUUUGACCUCAAUGAGGCCAUCCAAAGCCGGCAGUCAGGAGCCAAACGCAAGAACACCACAACGGGUGCCUCAGCCGCUGCUGCCGCUUCUGCUUCGGCCACAUCGUCCCUCUCUUCAAGUCAGAGUGUGGUCUAUGUAUCACCCUGCGGCUCACAAGAGGAGCUGAGCAAGGAGGGGGUAGGAGGACAUGCGCCCAACCCGGCCUUGGACCCAGGCGAUGAUAAAAGCAAUGACCUUGUGCUCAGCUGCCCGUGUUUCAGGAAUGAGAUUGGUGGAGAAGGUGAGAGAAACAUCGCUCCAGCGAAACAGCAGGGCAGCAUUGGCAGUGGCGGGAGCUCAAGCAAUUCCACUGGUAGUCCAGAAGAAGGACCAUUAGAGGCUACCCUCACAAGUCAUUUUACCAAUGCUGGUGUAGCAGUCCUGGAGGCCACAAAGGAUGGCCCAAGUCAACAUGCUGACCGAUCCAAAAGAUAUAUCGUGGAACAUGUUGACCUCGGAGCCUAUUACUAUCGAAAGUACUUUUACCUCCGAGAACACUGGAACUACCUCGGGGUAGACGAGAACUUGGGCCCAGUGGCAGUGAGUCUCAGGAGGGAGAAGCUGGAGGAACACAAGGAGCACGGACAGCAGUACAACUACAGGGUCAUUUUUAGAACGAGUGAGUUAAACACCCUGCGUGGUUCCAUCUUAGAAGAUGCAGUACCUUCCACAUCGAAGCACGGCUUGGCAAGAGGCCUGCCCCUCAAAGAGGUGCUCGAGUACCUGGUGCCAGAGCUGAAUGUUCACUGCCUGCGCCUGGCACUCAACACUCCCAAGGUCACUGAGCAGUUGAUGAAGCUGGAUGAGCAGGGGCUGAGUUUCCAGCGGAAAGUGGGAGUGAUGUACUGCAUGGCAGGCCAGAGCAGCGAAGAAGAAAUGUAUAACAACGAAUCUGCUGGUCCAGCACUGGAGGAGUUUCUCCAUCUUCUCGGGGACAGGGUUCGGCUCAAAGGCUUUUCCAAGUACCGGGCUCAGCUGGAUGCCAAAACUGACUCAACUGGCACUCACUCUUUGUAUACGACUCACAAGGAUUACGAGAUCAUGUUCCAUGUGUCAACUAUGCUUCCCUACACGCCCAACAACAAACAGCAACUGCUACGGAAGCGCCACAUUGGGAAUGACAUCGUCACCAUUGUAUUCCAGGAACCCGGCGCGCUCCCCUUCACCCCCAAAAACAUCCGUUCACACUUCCAACAUGUCUUUGUGGUUGUCCGGGCGCACAACCCUUGCUCAGACAGUACUUCUUACAGUGUGGCAGUCACGCGUUCUAAAGACAUGCCUUCAUUCGGACCACCUAUCCCGGAGGGCGUGACCUUCCCUAAGUCAUCUGUGUUCCGGGACUUCCUCCUUGCCAAGGUCAUCAACGCAGAGAACGCUGCUCACAAGUCUCACAAGUUCCGCGCCAUGGCCACGCGGACGCGCCAGGAGUACCUGCGCGACCUGGCCGAGCGGCACACCACGAGCACGCCCAUCGACCCGUCUGGAAAGUUCCCCUUUAUUUCGCUGGCCCACAAAAAAAAGGAGAAGAGCCGGCCGUAUGCGGGAGCCGAGAUGCGCAGCCCUGGGGCGAUUACCUGGCUCGUCCACGCGGAAGAUCCCGGGACCGGAGGAGAGAUAGAUGCCGUUCUUGCUAUCUCCAAUGAUUUCCUCGUGCUGUUGGACCACGAUGCUAAAGCCGUGGUGUUCAACUGUGCCACCAAAGACGUGAUUGGGUGGACGCUGAGCAGCCCGGCAUCCUUACGGAUUUUCUACGAGCGGGGAGAAAGUGUGUCGCUGAGGAGUAUCAGUAAUAACACUGAAGAUUUCAAAGAGGUGAUCAAGCGUCUGGAGUUCCUGACAAAAGGCUGUGAGACAUCUGAAAUGACCCUCCGUCGAAACGGCCUCGGACAGCUCGGCUUCCACGUGAACUACGAAGGCAUCGUGGCAGAGGUGGAGCCGUACGGCUACGCGUGGCAGGCGGGACUGCGUCAGGGAAGUCGCUUGGUGGAAAUCUGCAAAGUUGCAGUCGCGACACUGACUCACGAGCAAAUGAUCGACCUCCUGCGCACCUCGGUGACCGUGCGGGUUUCCAUCAUCCCGCCGCACGAUGAUUCCACACCGCGCAGGGGCUGUUCAGAGCUCUAUCGCAUGCCUAUGGCGGACUACAAGAGCAGCAGUAGUGAUAGCGGCUCCUUUGAAUACAAGUUCCCCUUCCGCAGCAACAACAACAAGUGGCAGAGGACAUCCAGCAGCCCCCAGCAGUCGCUGACUGCCUCACCACAGCCGCACACGCCCAACAGGGCCAUCAGCCUGGGGAGCUCAGUGGGGAAGACCUUGUCGGCCGAGAGGCUGGAGAGGGGUGCAGUCAUCCCACGCAGUGUCAGCAGUGAUGGCCGCCCGCUGGACACCAAGAGGAUAUCUCCAGGCAGCGAGAGCUACAGCCUGGCCUCCUCGCUGGCUCUGGGGCGCUCGCCCCACAAUCGCAGCUCUCCCAGUAACCUGUCGUGUUCCAGCGACGCCUCCGGAGCCUCGGCGCACUGGCGGCAGAAAUCCAUGCCUGAGCAGUUUGCAGGGAGUCGCCACUCUCCGAUGUCCAAUGAGAGGCAGGCUGUUGGAGAGGGCGGUUCAAGUGGAAAGUCCACCCCGAAUUGGUCCCGAAUGGAAGAAGGGGCAGUAGAACGUGGGUCAACAGAGGCUCCAGUCUCGAAAUCUGGUCAGGGCUACUCUGGAGGACCCCGCAUUCAAAGACAGGAUCAGGUCAUCCAUCUGUCCCCAAAGAAAAGCAGUCAGUCGGACGGCCCUUACUCUGGCCACUCGAGCAGUAAUACGCUUUCAAGCACAGCUUCCAGCGGGGGCCACAGUGAUGGUGACAAAUGGUACGAAAUGGGGGCAGGUGGAGGCUCCAGCGGGGACCAAGGGGAGUCAGAGCCCAACGGCCUGGGAGGCGGAGGCUACCUCCAGGGCGCCUCGGCCGACAGCGGCAUCGACACCAGCUCGUACGGGGCCUCGCACCACAACCACCCGCACUCUCACCACGGCAGCGCCACCUCCCUGCUCGCUCCCAGCGGAAGUCGAGAGAGCAGGGAGCGGUCGCCGUGGCACAGCCCCACUGAGGGCGGGCGCAGAAUGCUGGAGAGGUCGCCCGCGGCUUCGGAGUCCCCAGUUCCACCUGUAGAGAGGAACCUCGAUAGCACCGGCCGGACUCCUCCUACUCAUCUCCUCGUUCGAGACAGCAGUACCUUCAGUCUGAGUGAUGGCGGAUCUCACUCAAGACACAGUUCCCCCAGGGAAGAGUCCUCCUCAACCACUUCCCCAUCCUCUCAGUCUUCGGUGUCUCCUGGACCAAAGAGCUUUUACCCUCGGCAGGGAGCUCAGUCCAAGUACCUGAUCGGCUGGAGAAAGCCCGGCUCCACCAUCAAUUCCGUUGACUUCGGAGACACACGCAAGAAAUCGCCAGGGGAGAGCGGGUUGGAGGUUAUGCCGACGCCUGCAGCCAGGCCUUCUUUAAGGGACAUGCACUCUCCACAGGGCCAUGCUAAGUCCACUAUUGAAGAAGACGUGAAGAGGCACCCUACUAAGGACAGCCCUCUACCACCACGCAGGCAUAAGGAAAAGCAUGCGCAGAAAUCGCCUCCGAGCCAGCCCCCCAGCCGCCGCCGCUCGCUCCAUCGCACUCUAUCCGACGAGAGCAUCUACCGCGGGCAGCGCCUUCCCUCUCUGACCGACUCCAUGAUGGAAGCGGCGCUCGGCGCCGACGUUCUCUUCAGCUGCUCCACUCUCCCGCGCUCCCCCACCACCCGUGGCGUACCCCUUCGACGGCCUUCCUAUAAGCUGGGAGUCAAACUCCAUGGUGACCUCUCGGCAUCUGACACGUCAUUGGUGGAUUUGGUGGAGCGUCAUCGGGGGCCUCUGCCUCAGGAGCUGAUGCCCCUCCCGUCCUCUGACAGGGACAGCCCACUCAAUUGGACGCAUCUCGUGGAUGUGGCCAACACCUAUGACAGUGAAAGAAACACGCACUAUGUUCAGAGAAGUUACGUGUUUGGGGAUUCAAACCACAGAAGCAGCGGUGCGUCCAGUCCUCAGCAGAGCCACAUAGAGCUGCAGCCUGCCCCCAUGUCCCGGCCCACGUCUAGUGAGGGUCACAUAGGACUGGAGAGAAAGGUGACCAAGUUGGAGGCCAUGGUGAAGAUGCUCCAAGAGGACUUGAAGAAGGAGCGCGACGAGAAGGUGCGGCUUCAGGCUCAGAUCAAGAGGCUGUGGGAGGACAACCAGAGGCUUCAGGAAGAGUCUCAGACCUCCGCUGCCAAGCUCAAGAAAUUCACGGAGUGGGUUUUCAACACCAUUGACAUGAACUGAUGCUCCCGAAGACGCGUGAAUGGCAGUCCCAGUUUAAAAAAAAAAAAAAAAAAAGCCCACUCUGGUCCACAAUUGACUGGAAGCAAGAGUCACUCAUCAGCACAUUAUUUUUUUUCCCCAAAAACUACAGUGACAAGAAAGGGAAUUCACCCCCCCCCCACCUGUCCCCCCCCACCGUCCUACACCGCUUCCACCAGUUAUUAUAACGGUGAACAUGAAGCAUUUUCUGACCUGCUGUGAUCCAACAAUGGAUGUGGAUGUUCAUCCUUCCUUUUUCUGUCAGCUUGGGGACAGCUUUUAUUGAAGGAGAUUUUUUUGUCUUUUUUUUUCUCUCUUGAGGUGCCAAAUUCAACCCGACAGGUUAGCCGAGGUAUUCAAACGACCUCAGCGGACUGCCUACAACGCACAGAGAACGCAACAGUUCUUGCAUGGCCGACCGUUCGCUGGAGAACGAAUGCCGCACGCAUAAUGAGUUGGUUACCCAUCAAACUGUGGGAAAGGCUUUUCAUAUCCCCUCAAUGGAGAAUGAAAAUGUUUGAGCCUGGAUUUUCAUCUUUUUUCUCUGCACAUCCCCCGGGGCUUAUUGUUGUUUUUUUUCUUCCACCAAUGACUUAGCACUGAAGGGAAGCCUUUUUUUUUUCUUUUUAAACAUCAGUGUUCUAUUUUCCAGGAAUUGGAUAACAGCAACUAAUCCGUCCUCGACAGUACCAAGCGCCCCGACGAUAGGAAUAUAUUUAAAAGCCAUUGGCAGCUGUGCCACGCCAUAACUUCAAGACUUCUAUCCGGAGUGCUUUAUGUCUUAAAAAGCAAUAGGGAGAAGACGGGAGAGAAUUCCCUGGAAAGAUUUAAAAAAAAAAAAAAAAGAUUCACGCAAACACAACACAGCUACUCACGAGCCUCGACAUCCUCUCCCAUUUUAAAGCAGCGAACUUCCUCCUGUGAUUAAAGAUGUGAGUGAAGACUGGAAGAAUCUGGAAGAGUGGUAAUUAGAUUUUUGGUUUUUUUGGAAGCGGGGAUAACUAUGAAGGGUUUAUUUAUUUCCUUGUACUAUAGUUCCAAUAAAUAAGUUGAUCUAUUCGUACAGUACAGCUGACAUCAGUUUGUCAAGAAGAAGAAAAAAAACAACCUCUAACUAUAAUUUAAUGGCUUUCUUUCUUAAUCCUGACUAUCUGCAUUUUAAUCCUGUAUGACGUUUCGUGGUGCUCGAGCCUGUUGUCGUGUUGCUUUUUCGACGCCCGCUAGUGAUGACCAGUGAAACUCUCGUAGUUCUCCAUGUCUUCAGUUCACCCCCCCCCCCCCACUUCCCCUUUGUAUUUUUCCCUCUUCGAACAAUCGCCGGGAGGCCCGCGUGUAAAAAAACACGGCGGCGCCUCUGAAGCCAUCUCUGACUGACAAUCAAUGGCGGACGUUUUGAGAAAGAGGUUCACUUGUAUACUUUUCCCUCAGGUGUGUGAACGUGACCAUGCUCAAAGUUCCAAAGGUGAUUUAAUGAGAAAAUGAUCUAUCUUUGGAUACCACAAGGGGAAAAAAAAACGAAAAAUGAAAACUGGAGUGCAUGUGUGAAUGUACAUCAGUCUAUCCAGCUGUGCCUACUGUCACUUAAGGGUCAUUUUUCCUCCCAGGAUGAGCAGGGACGUACGUGCCUUUGAAACUACACCUGGGCAACACGCGGAAGCAAAAGACUCGUCUUCGUCCCAACAGUUAAAUGCACCCGGUAACAUCCACACACAAACAAUUAAAACAAAAAAAUUAAAAUAAAAAAUCAAUUGCAUGUCACACUAAAGAUGAUUAUGCGGUAAAAAAAAAUAAAUAAAAUACAGAAAAGUACAUUACAUCCACAGUUCGUGUUUCUCUGGUGUGAUAUAUUUUCAUUUUUAAUAGAAAAGGUGUUAAUAAAACAAUGCUAAACUGACCCUAAAAAAUAUGAUUUCCAGGAAGAUAAAUGGGGGUAAAAAGAAAAAUAAUUGUAGCUUCUGCUAUAAGACCUUCAUUAAAUCAGACCUAAAAAUAUAAUAUGACUCCAUUCUACUAUUUUGACAAAAUAUGCUUUUUUAAUUUAAAAAAAAAAUGCAUUCAGUGUUUCUUUUCCCCUGCUAGGCAUGAAAUUGCAAUGAACAAUGAACACAAACAAAUACUCUAGCAGAACUUUGAGGACAGAAUUUUAUUAUGAAACAUGCAAAAAAAAAAAAAAAACAAAGAUCCAAUAUUAUUUCCACGUAGAUGUUUUUCCAGGAAUAUUAACAUCACUGCCUAAAAAAAACCCCAUGCGACUACUGCCAAUAUAUAUUCAGCAAUAAUAAUUCUAGUAUCUAAUAAAUUUGACUAAUUAUUGCUUUUUUUUUUUUGCAUUCUCCAUCUUGAUCUACUAGCAGUAGACACAGCAAGCAUAAAAAAGUCCCAAAUGCGUAAGUUUAAAUGAUGACUUGCCACAAAACAUUCAACAAACCGUCAUUGCCAUUAUUUCAAAGUGAUGCAGAUUUUUGGCUCUAUUAUUUUUGUAAGAAUAAUAGCGACAACAAAGCUAUAACUUGGAAAAAAAGUCAUUUUUCCAUUAUAGUAAACUGUUGAUUCCUUUUUGCACAAAAAAAAAAUUCUUAGGAGAGUUUAAGUGAGUGGAAAUUUACGUUCCACAUAUUAUGUAUUCAAAUCAGCCAUAAUAAACAAUUUUCAUUUAUCUUGGAACGUAAACUUUGAGUCUUGUAAAGUUGGAUUCACUUUAAUAAUUGAUACAUUUCCAAGUGGCUCCUCGGUAUGAAUGUAGACACUAACGCGCCUAAAGUAAUGUGAUGUUUACUUGACGUUACGGGUGCAUCUCCAUAAAUUGAAAUAUGGUAGAAAAGUUUAUUUCUCUUGUUCAACUAAAAAGUGGAAGGUCUUUUAUUCCAUACUUGCAAUUUAAUAAGCACGGGGAAAUACUUUUCCGAAGACAAUUUUUAAAUCUAAUAACCUAUGUUAAAAAAAAAAAAUAUUUGGAGUCUGUCCUGGUUUUUGAGCUGGUGAAUUCGGGGGUUUUGGUCACUUUUGAAUGAUAUAAUCAAAAUUCUGUAAAGAGGGUAAAAAAAAUGUUUAAGUGAACUACUGAAAUGGUUUAUGAGGUGCACCUGUACAUUUAGCUGGGUUCCACUUGUGGGAAUGAAUGAAUGAUGAGUAAAAAAAAAAAAAAGGUUCUGUUUUAGGAAUCACUACAUAGUAUAUUGUUUUUAAGAUGGCGGCAUGUUAUGAAGAAUUUCUCCAGUCGUCCAAUACUGUGAAAUACAAAUUACUCACAAAAAUUGAAAAUGUCCUGCCACGUACGCCCCUGAUGAAUUCGCACCGUCCAAAUGCUAAAUAGGUUAUAAUCCAUGUUUUGUUGUACAGUACAUGUAAAGUGCUCAAAUUUCAUUUUUUUUUACCAUUAUUAUGAAUGAAAAACGUGUGAGUGAUAUGGGUGUCGUGCAAAUGUUUUGCUUGCCAGUCCACUCCACCAAUUGGUAAUUCCAGUCCGUAUAUUCUUUUUUUUUUUUUUCUUUUUGUAUAUGUCAACAUGAAUUUCUCAGACGUUCCAUUUUGUAAAGAACCUUUGCACAUAUUUUUUGUCAAAUAGAUGGAGUUUACAUAUUUUGAAAAAGAGUGCGGGAAGGAUCCAUCCAUUCUGUGCAAUUUUUUUUUUGUUUUUUGUUCUUGAGAUGUGCUUUUGCUGCUCUUUUAAUUUUGCUGUUAUUGCAGUUUCUGACCAACAGAGGGAGGUGCUCGACUUUUCUUAUAAAAGGAGGGGGGAAAGAAAAGAAAAGAGAGGAAAAAAAAAAAAAAAGGAAAUCCCCCGUUAGUUUGGUUCCCAAAGCCACGCACGCUGAUCGGACGAACAACGAAUGAAAUUUUUAUUCAUGUUCGUCCCGGCUUUGGUCAGGGAUUGCAGUAGCAGGAGGAUUUCAACUAGCCAUGAUGUGACGUGUCACGCAGGAGCGUAGAACUUUGCAGAAUACAACAAUGCUGUGUAAACCCCGUGUCUAUUAUUGUUUAUGUAAAAUGUAAAAGUAUGGAAAUAACAGACAUUUGCAGUGAUUGCAGUAUUAAAGUUUCUGAAACAAA